GUCCAUCACACGCUGAUGAACACUCCGCCGAUACCUUCGCCAAAAGUAUUGAAUGCAUAAAGCUGUUACACAAACACGGGGCCACUAUAGAUACCGCUAACCUAGAGAAACGUUUAGCAAAGUUGAAGCAGGAAACCGAGAUCAUGGCUGAGUUUAUGCAAGGAAUUGAACCCUUCGUAACGGUGGCUGCAAGCGGCGUACCUGAGACUGAGACUGAGACUGAGACUGUGGAUAACCACAUGUUAUUGGAGAAUGCCAUCAGCUGUGGGAACUUGGAGAGGGCUAAACAAAUCAUUGAAUCGCACGCAAGCCCACAAACCUCACCAUACAUAUCCAAGAAAAUACUUACCAUAUGCUUUGAACGCGGAUGCUUUGAAAUGUUGGAAUAUAUAUUACAAAUACUUCCAGCGACUGAAAUACAGCCUCGGAUAAGCCAGAAAACAUGGAUGUCGUUUCUGGUACAGCGUGUAACUGGAUCUGAUCCCGAGUGUCGGUUUUUCAAAUGCUUAAAGCUAUGUCUGAGCUAUCCUCAAUUCGACAUCGACGAAAGAAAUGGUUGGGAUUAUACUGCUUUACACUAUGCGGCCACCUUGAAACUGAAGCACGUGCAGGAGCUGCUGCUUCAUAAUGGUGCAUACAUAGGCGGGAGAGACAUAUUUGGCGUUUACACGAUUAGCCAAAUUGACCCACUAGUACUAAAGCGACACUUUGAUUCCUGUGUGUACACUAGUCCCAGGAUAGCCGAUGAGCAUGGUGCAAACUCCCCUAUUGUUUACGUCAUGUUGAGCAACUUUGUUCCCCCUAAGCUCGAGGGAAACGAGCAACACUUCACACACUCAACACAAGAUAAAUCCUAUAAAAGCUUGCGACCUGCAUUGAUGGAGUUCACCAAUGUGUCCAAAUUGUCCAGGUUAAAUGAAAAAGAAAAAAAAGCUCGCCAGCAGCUCAUUGAACAUCCAGUAAUUGCUACUUUUCUUUACAUUCGUGAACCACCACCGACUACAGUGGGAUUGUUGUUGAGAUUUAUCAGAUUAGUACCGGCUAUCUUAUUAUUUGUACCCUCGGAAAGCUGGUGGUUUAUUCGGUGCGAGUCGAUUCUGCUCAUUUGUCUCUUCAUAUUCGAAGUCAUCCUGAACGCCAGUUACAUCACGCACUUUUUUGAUAAACGCAACAAGAACAAAUUCCAAUCGGUGCCUAAUCCAACAAUCCUCUGCACCAUGCUGGUGGAGAUAGGUUUGAUAGCGUGUUUGAUAUACUUCACAUUUUUGGAACACAGCAAGGUCCAUCAGCUGAGCUGUUGCAUUUUUCUCACUGGAUUCGCCACUAAACGGUUCAUUGCCAGCUGGGACUGUUUAGCUGAGAAAAUCCAUACACUAGACAUAGUUGUGACGAACAUUAUAUGCAACAUUUUUAUAUAUUCGUUUAUACUUGGAAUAUUUGCGCUCUUCUUUUGCGUGCACGACUCAAACUUUGGGCAAACGGUUGUACUGCCGAAUAACACUGCUAGCUCAACUAAUACGACCUUUGAGUCAACAUCCAAAACCGCGAAAUUGAUUGAACAACUGGCGAUGUUUGAUGGAAAGACAGUUGUGUUGGAUAAGAAAAUAGACUUGGCAUUUUAUCGAGUUGAUGUUGUAAGUUUUCUUAUUUUAGUGCCAAUUGCUUUGGCGAACAUAAUAACUGCUUUAGCAAUUACAGAUGUUUCGGAACUCACCGCUCAAUCGAGGUGUGUAAAAAUUGCUCUCAGGACUAGCAGCGCUUUUGUUCCAGAGCAUCCGGCCGUUGAGCUGUGGAGAGGAAUGUCAAAAUAUAUGGAAGAAAAGUGUUUCUCUCUCAGGAACCGCAAUAAUGUGCAAUACAUUGCAAUGUAUGUUACAAGUGUCGUACACUGGACGAAACCAUGAAAUAGAACUUCACAGAGUAAACGACGAAGCCGAGAAGCCAGAAAUUUUAUGGAAAGCAGACGACAAAUUUACCAAAUUAUUAAUAGAUGCUGCAUUUGCUGAUGAAAUCACAUGAGGAUUGUGUUUUUGAUUAAAACCAGUUCAUUUAAACUACAAGCAAAGUUUACAGUUCACAGUUCAGUCUCUGACCUGUACGGAUAUAUUUGUGAUAAGUGCGAUAGACUUUAUUUAAAAAAAACACCAAAGAAGAAACAUACCGGUUGAACUAAUUUCUAAAUA